AUGGACUCCAAAAUGCUCGUCCCGCGUGUCCACAUCCAGAAUUUCUCUGAGGCGAGCGCUGUCGAGCCGCAUUGGGGUUACGCAGAUCGCCUUGUACCUUGCACCAACGACCCUGGUUCUUGCGAAUACCUCGACGUUGUCUAUCGCAGCCAUGACAUUGGCAUGUAUUACACCGGAAUCAUAUGGGCGACCAUUGGCGCGAUCCUCUUGGUGUGGGGCGUCGGCCGACACUUCGCGCACUCGCAGCCAUCAGGCGUGCAAUUACCAGCAGAAGCAGGAGAAGGAAUACCACAAAGACGCAGCGCAUUCGAGCGACUCCAACGAGCGAUUCCAUCAUACGCACGGCAAUAUCUCCUGCCCGACGCUGCCCGACCGAUCUUUGGACGUGUGACACGCACACAGGUCCUCACUCUGGUAGUCUUGACUGGUUACCUCACUCUUUUCUCGUUCAUUGGCAUCGUUUACAAGAAAUGGAUUACGCCUGUCAAGAAGAUGCCCGGCGUCUACAACACACGUACCAGUCUCGGACCGUGGUCAGACCGUAUUGGUGUCAUCGCAUAUGCUCUUACACCUCUCUCCGUCAUGCUUUCGACUCGCGAGUCUAUUCUGUCGCUGGUAACUGGUUUGCCGUAUCAGAGUUUCAACUUCCUCCAUCGUUGGCUCGGAUAUAUCAUUUUCGCCCAAUCAGCUCUUCAUACCAUUGGCUGGUGUGUCAUUGAGCUUCGCCUGUACCAGCCCCAACCAACUGUCGGUGCGGAGUGGAUCGUCCAAGAGUACAUGAUCUGGGGACUAGUGGCGAUGAUCCUCUUGACUAUUCUUGUCCUGCUUUCUACCCCAUGGGCCAUCCGAAUCACGGGCUACGAAUUCUUCCGCAAGGCUCACUACGUUCUCGCCAUGGUGUACAUAGGCGCCUGCUGGGGCCACUGGGAGCAACUGAAGGUCUUCCUUCUACCAGGACUUCUCGUUUGGGGCAUCGAUCGCGCCAUCAGGCUUGCUAGGACAGCUCUGCUCCACUACAACUUUUUGCCAUCCGGACACAUGGGUUUCCGUGCUGCUUCCGCGAACAUUGCGCUUUUCAAGGACGAUGUUAAUGGCGAUGUAGUUCGUUUAGAUUUUGACCACCCUCAGGAUGCCUGGGCUGUCGGCCAGCACUUCUACCUCACGUUCCCCGAAAGCUCUAUCUGGCAAUCUCAUCCAUUCACCCCAAUCAGCCGUCCGGUUUUCGGUGCUGACGCUCAGAGGCAUUCUUAUAUCUUCCGCGCCCGUGGCGGUGAAACAAAAAAGAUCGCAGACCUUUCUAUGAAGCGCAUUGCCAAUAUGGCGAGCCACCAAGAGUCUCAUGAGAGCUUGAUGGCUGAUGCUCGUCUCAACGUAGUCAUGACUGGACCCUACGGCGAGCGUACCAUGCGUGGCCUCGCUUCCAGCUCCAACAUUCUGUGUAUUGCUGGUGGUACUGGUAUCGCAUACGUUCUUCCCGUGCUACUCGACCUCGCUUCAAGCUCACAGUCGCCUGAUCGCCACAUGACACUCAUCUGGAGUAUACGCCGAAGAAGCGAUAUUGACUGGGUUGGCCCUGAACUCUCUACCCUCAAGCGAAAAUGCCGAAACCUGCGAACUGGUAUUCAUAUUUACGUUACCCGCGCCGCGGAAGAAGCCAACCUUGAUCUUACUGUUUCAGAGAAGGCAGCGCCCAACGAAUGCUCCAAGGAGAUCAACCCUGCCUCAAGCUCCGACUCUUCGUCUGCUGAUGCAUCUUCUGCCUUGUCUGUUCACGGUGUGUCAAAGUCGGAACUGGGUCUUAACCACAUCCAGGCCAGGCCUGACCUUGACGCUCUCGUGACAGACUUUGUUGCUGGCACCGUACGAGGAGGCACUGAAGUAUUUGCUUCAGGACCUGGUGGAAUGAUUAGCGAUCUUAGGCGGAUAGUUGCAAAGACCAACAAGGGUGGCGAAGUAUGGAAGGGAGAUGACCGGUGGGACGUAAGAUUGACGUGCGACGACCGUUUAGAGUGGUAG